AUGGCCACACAUCCCGAAGUCAACAUACUCAAGACAACCCACAUCUUCCCCUCGCGACAGUCAAACCAAAUAACAGUCCCUCUCUCUAUCCUCGAUGCAGUCGUCACGAACUACGCAGCUUGCGCGGCUGUCUGGUUCUUUGAUGCCCCUACCAGUGGCAACGAGAAUGGGAAUCUAGACUGGCCCUCAAGCCUGCAACAGUCCCUAGCCGCGACUCUUUCGUUCUUCCCUCAUUUCGCUGGCACACUCAGCAAGAUCACCCACGUCUCUGACCCAAACAAUUAUGGCUACGGCGACCUCGAUCACACGAAACGUUACGGGCGCCUUCAUGUCACAUAUGGCGCAGAAACAGAUCCCGGCGUUGAAUUCGGCACCGCUCGCUCCGAGACAAGAUUGGACGAGAUUGUUCCUGAUCCGGCAAAGCGAAAAUCUGCGGACUUCAGAGCCUGGGAUCUAUCGUGCCCAGCGAAUGUCUUCCUUCCGGAUGGGAACAAGGUGCCCUUUGUUGGAGGGACCAGUUCUGGUUCUCCGGUGUUGAUCCGAAUUACGCAGCUUGGAUGCGGCGGUGUUGCCAUCGGGAUUAGGAUCGCCCAUCCGCUGGCGGAUGCGCAGGCGCUGAGUGUUUUCAUGAAGAGGUGGUCGUUUGAGCAUUCGAUUCUCUUUGGUGACGGGCCCUCAGACAGUCCUUCUACGUCGCGACCAGAACCGCCCAGUCCCAUGUUCAGCACACAACUCCUCGACUCCCGCGCAGCAGGAGACAUCGACGCCCUCUCUCCAGAUAAGACAAUUCUUGCAAACUCCCGCUCCCUCCCCUCCGCCCGCCACGACUGGUUCUAUCCCGCUUCAGAGGGCGAUCCAGACCGGAAUCUCCCACCCGGCCUAACCCGCUCCAUCAUCAAAUCCCCUGGAACCCCGAUGCCGAAGGAGGACUGGGAUCCCACCAUCCCAGUGUCCCAUACCAAGCUUCAUUUUACCGCAGAGCAAACGAAAAAGAUCUGGGAAGCCGCUGGUGGGUCUGAAGUAGGCGUUAGCCGGCACGAUGCCCUCGUCGCGCACGUCUGGAGUGCUAUCAACCGUGCACGUGGGCUCGGUUCUGAUGAUCGGGACGUUUCUCUGUACUAUACCUUUGGUUUACGGAAACGACUUGGUCUUCCGUCUUCAUCUAUGGGCUCUCCUAUCCUCCUAACGGCAAUCCGAAUGCCUGGGAAGGAAGCCUCUAACGCCAGAUCCCUCACCCCGGAGAAACAGAAUGUCGCUACCAGAAUCCGCGGAAAUAUCGCUCGCUACACGGAAGACGCAUUGAGCGCAAGAUUGCAUGAUCUAUGCUUUGAGGUCGCGCCCCAGCGGCUUUGGGAGGCGUAUCUUGGGUAUAGACACGUGAUUUUCACUUCCUGGGCUCGUCUGGGCCUCUAUGAGGUUUCCUUUGGAGGUCUGGGGAGGCCGAGGUUUGUUGAGCCAUAUAUGCCACUUUUAGACGGAUUACUUUGUCUUAUGGAGGGACGACCUGGGUCAAAAACAGAGUACGGAAAUGCGAAGCACUGGUGUGAUGAUGGAGUGGAUGUUGCGGUGUCGAUAACAACGGAGGCAAUGGAGAGAUUGAAGAAAGAUCCUGAGCUCUGGGUCUGA